AAAAGCAAAAAAAAAUAAUUAUUCUCCGCCAGCAUUUCUUGUCAUUUGAAACAUUCAUCCUCACUGUAUUUACACAUCAUUCAGCAUUUACAAAACAUAGAAUAGGACGCACGGCACUCGAUAUAGAUACCCCCUCACCCCUCAGCCAAACCCCACCCAGUUGUCCAGUUUGUCGUGCCAGUUCUAGUCAUGCUGCGACUGCUCAAGAAUAAUGCGCGCAAAACCCGACCAGCUGCAACGACGACGACGACGACGACGACAAGAACAUGUCCCUGUGGACGACGUUGGUUCAACUCCCGGGAAAAGUCUCUUGCUCAACUCCAGUUGGAACUUCCCUCUCGUUCAGCAUCCCAUGACCCUCCCCUUGUACGAUACGAUUCCCCCAAACACACCUUCAAGAGAACAGCGGGGCCACAAAGAACAAAAGCGCAGUGGGCUAAUUCCCCGGCCUCAUUACGGCCAUCACAUCGCAACAGUUUUCAAGAGCAGUCAGAAUCAUCAAAACCAACACAGUCCCAACUGCCCGAUAUAAACCUUCCAGAACUCUUCCCCAAAACACACGCCCUCUAUCUGCCACAAGAAAAAGCCGUCGAAAAAACGACACAAGCUUACACUGAAGAACGCGCUCUCGCCCGCCACGCGCUUGAAGAGAAGAUCGUGCUCAUCUAUGCCUCUAUCCACUCUGGCGACCUAGAUCGGGCUGAAGUCACAUUCAACCGAGCAUGGAGAACAAAUUUUCAGGAUAUGAAAGAGCUUGUUGAUGCUCGUAUUCUAAAUGCUUUCAUCGACACUCACUUGAAUUCGGAGGCCGGAGCCAACAUCGAUCGGGCAUUGGAUUGGUACGAGCGGUUCACAGAUCUUGAUAUCCAGCGAAACGGCAGCACGUUUGCCAUUUUGAUUCAGUACUAUCUGAAGUUGGGAAAGGUGGAUGAAGUCAAACGAUUGAUUGAGGACAUGGAUAAAGCUGGUGUCACGGUCGCAGAUUUGUUGGACAAUGACCGCUUUGUGGAAAAGGAAGAUAGGGCGCCUUUGGAAGCGAUCUUGCGGGAGAUGGGGAGAAAAGUCGACGGUGUCGUGACUGCAGAUCGUUUGUUUUUGUCUGCCUUGGAAGAGGCGGGGGAAGCCAAGGCCGGAUCAACGGAUACCUCGUCCUCCUCGUCGUCUUUUCCGUCGCUACUCCUUACGGAAAUGGCAACAGGACAGUCUGCGCCAAAAGUACAGGAGCGUGUGCUGCUUCCUAUUAACUCUACAAACUCACUCGGCAUCAAUGUCCUGACCAAAGCCCUAAAGGAUAUGGAAGCAAGAGAACGUACCAAUAAAUACGAUCAGCAACAAUGGCUAGAAGAGCGGACCUACGCCGCUGCUCUCGAGGAGUUUGAAGAGGCUCAGAAACGACUGCCAGAGCAGGUACGCCGUCUCUCUCAGAUUCCCAGCGAUCUUGCGUCUUCGUGGAACCAGGCACUCGUGCCUCUCAUUGAGCGAGAGAUUCAAAUGAUUGAUAUGGUGACCGAAGACGCCGAGGAUCAUGCGUAUGGCCCCUUCCUCAAGCUGCUAAAACCGGAGCAACUCUCCCGGAUUGUCAUCACCGAGUUUAUCCGACCACCUUCAAAGAGGGCAAACUUGGGCAACGGUGUCGUCGCUGGAGAAACGAGUGUUGCGAGCUUGACAAUCGGUAUAGCCCGAAGUAUCGAAGCAGAAUACAAUGCCCAACAGGUCAAAAAGCACAGCACCAAGCAAAAGUUGAAACUCAAAAAAGUGAUUCAUCACAUGCACACUGAAGGCAAACUUUUCCAUUUGACGGUCCGUCGAGUGAUACAGCAGCUUGCCUCCAAACAUCUAUACAAUGAAGAGGAAUGGAAACCCAAAUGGCCCGAUGCCAUCCGCGUCAAGAUCGGUUCUGUACUGGUUAAACUCAUGCUUCAAGUUGCCAAAGUCCGCGUCACCAGACCUGACCCCGACGCACCCGGAAAGGAGAUUGUGGAGCAAGUUCCUGCCUUUAGCCAUGUUCUCAAACGUAUUGGUCAAGGACACAAGUUGGGUAUGAUCCAGUAUCAUCCUGCCUUGUAUGAAGCUCUCAACAACACUCGAGUUUCUGUGGACCCGUGGCUGCUCCCCAUGCUAGUUGCUCCACGCCCAUGGAUCACAUGGCAAACGGGAGGGUACCUGCAGCACCGCUCAAGUAUGGUUCGAACAAAAUCUGGCGAAGCCAAGCGGUAUUUGGGGGAAGCGGACCGGGCGCAGAUUCUCGGAACUGUCACACGAGCUCUCGACGUGCUGGGAUCAAUCCCGUGGCGGGUUAACGAGGACAUUUUCAAUGUCGCAGCACAAAUGUGGAACAAUAAUGAGCAUGCGCCGUCAUUGCCUGCCAAAUUAGAUUUGCCCGAAGUGGAGAAGCCGGCCAAUCUGGAGACAGAUUCACUGGCCAAGAGAAAGUAUUGGUUCUUGGUCAACAAGAGGGACACCGCGUUGAGAGAAAAUUUCUCACAAAGGGCGGAUACGAAUUAUAAGCUUGAGAUUGCUAAAGCGUUCAUUGGAGAAACGAUCUACUUUCCGCACAAUCUCGACUUCCGUGGUCGUGCCUACCCGAUGCCCGCCCACCUGAAUCAUAUUGGAAAUGACCUCUGCCGUGGUCUUCUUCUCUUUGACCAGGGAAAACCACUAGGUGAAGCUGGGAUGAGAUGGCUCAAGAUUCAUGUUGCUGCGUUGGCGGGGUUCGAUAAAGCGUCUUUUGGCGAACGAGAGCGAUGGACCGAUGAUCAUAUGGUGGAAAUUGAAGACUCGGUGGAUCGUCCGUUGGAUGGGAAGCGGUGGUGGUUGAAGGCCGAGAAUCCAUGGCAAUUGUUGGCAGCGUGUUUUGAACUCGUCAAUGCCCUUCGAUCUGGUAAACCCCUUCAGUACAUUUCCCGACUACCCGUACACCAAGAUGGUACCUGUAACGGAUUGCAGCACUAUGCUGCAUUAGGUGGAGACGAGAUUGGAGCUCAGCAGGUCAAUCUCUUGCCGGGGCACAAACCAGCUGAUGUGUAUACUGGUGUUGCGGAGCGAGUACAGCUGCUGGUGGAUCAGGAUGUGGCUAAUGGCGUUCCCGAAGCGAUCCUGAUGCAGAAUCGGAUCAACCGAAAGUUGGUCAAACAGACUGUCAUGACCAAUACAUAUGGUGUGACGUUUGUCGGUGCAAGAGCACAAGUACGGAACCGUUUAAAGGAAAGUCGUGCCGCUGCUAUCGAAGCGGCCAAAACCAACUCUUCCUCCGACUCGACCACCACCGAGCGUCUUCUCACCGACGAUGAUAUCGAACGCUGCAGUUUGUAUAUAACCCGCCAAAUAUUUUCCUCCAUGGGCCAAAUCUUUGAAGGCGCUCGCGCUAUCCAAAAUUGGCUGAACGUCACUGCCGGUAUGAUUGCCCGCAGCACGCAUGAGAGUGAUAUACCAGCAGCGCAGUUGGAGGAUGCAGAAGAAUUGGCGCGUCUUGGUGUGUUGCCCAGUGCGUUUACGCUGGCAAGGGAGGAGCGACGGAGGGGUGAGAUCGGAAAUGAGGAGGGACUCUUGGGUGCUGCCCUGCAGGAUUUGGAGGAUAGUCAGUUUGAUGAAGAUAUAUCAGCCACUCUUAAGCAGGAGCAGAGCAAGCGAGACGAAGUUGAAGAAGAUGAUGAUUGGACAGAAGAUCUUGAGGACGCUGCUGCACAAGACUUAUCGUCAACCUCUACACCAUCCCCCACCUCCGCCUGCCCCGCCCCAGCCGCCCCCGGCAAAAAACCACCACGCGUCACCUCCGUCAUAUGGACUACUCCACUCGGCCUCCCCAUCGUCCAGCCCUACCGCAAUUUCCAACCCCGCUCCGUGCAAACUCUCCUUCAAACCAUUACCAUCUACGAUUUCACCACUCUCGCCCCCGUCAACGCCCAAAAACAAUCCACCGCCUUUCCCCCCAACUUUAUCCACUCUCUUGACGCCGCCCAUAUGAUGCUCUCCGCCAUCCAAUGCCAACGCGCUGGUUUGUCCUUUGCGUCGGUACACGACUCGUAUUGGACGCACGCAUGCGACGUGAACCGAAUGAAUGAAAUCAUCCGAAACGAAUUCGUAACACUUCAUUCUGGAGAUAUUAUGACUGGCUUGCGUAACGAAUUUGUUGACCGCUACGCUGGGCAUAAGAUCCCCGUUGAGGUCAUCCUGGAAGGGGACCAGCUGUGGGAGUGGAAACAGUAUUUGGAAUCCAAGGGCCGCAAAGCGGGGAUUGGACCAAAGACCAAGCUAAAGAAGGUGACCACUUGGGUAGACUUGGAGAUUUUGCCGUUACCUGCUAGAGGAAAUUUUGAGAUCAAGCAAGUGAAAGAUAGUCGUUAUUUCUUCCAUUAGCUAGGAGAAUUCUUGUAUAGGAUUUUAUUUGUCGUUUUUUUUUCUUUUUUAUUAUAUUUAUAUUUUGGAUGGGAUUUUCUUUCCCUAUCCUGGAUUUAGACAUGUUAGAAUAGUUUAUAUCCUUUUGGAUCACAUGUUCAAUCAUUAUGUGUCCGCUCACUGCUUACCAGUCUAUAAAC